AUGAAUCCACAACAGUUUAGUCAGUCAGUCAGUCAAUUACAACAUAAGUAUAUUUUUUUAAGUUUAUGCUAUGAAUAUCUUGGUGGAGAAAGUUGUAUUCUAUCGGAAAUACGUGGUCGUGAAUUGCCACGUUCAUGGGCAUAUUGUACUUGUUGCAUUUAUGGUCAAACGUAUACAAUUGAAUUUUUACGAUUUUGUAAACAAGCAACUUUACAAUUUUGUGUAAUAACCAUUAACAUCAAUUGUGACUAUUAUUCUUCAAGCGAUUGGCGUAUAUAAACAUGGCAUUUUCAG